AUGGGGAGCGGCAAGGGCUCUGUUCGCCCGUUCUCACGCCCCACCCUCGGACCGUGCUGGAAGAAAGUUUCGCCCUGGCGCCGAGAGAGACCAGUGAACAUGGCCUCGCCGAGGUGGCUCUGGUGUGUGUGUGCAACCGCAGCGGUGGCACUGCUGCUCGUUUCCAAGGUUCCUUCGGCCUGUGCCCAAAGAAAGAAGGAGAUGGUGUUAUCUGAGAAGGUUAGUCAGCUGAUGGAAUGGACCAAUAAAAGACCUGUAAUAAGAAUGAAUGGAGACAAAUUUCGUCGCCUUGUUAAAGCUCCACCAAGAAAUUACUCUGUUAUUGUCAUGUUUACUGCUCUCCAACUUCAUAGACAGUGUGUCGUUUGCAAGCAAGCUGAUGAAGAAUUCCAGAUUCUGGCAAAUUCUUGGCGAUACUCCAGUGCAUUUACCAACAGGAUAUUUUUUGCCAUGGUGGAUUUUGAUGAAGGUUCUGAUGUAUUUCAAAUGCUAAAUAUGAAUUCAGCUCCAACUUUCAUCAACUUUCCUCCGAAAGGAAAACCCAAAAGGGCUGAUACAUAUGAGUUGCAGGUGCGAGGGUUUUCAGCUGAACAGAUUGCCAGGUGGAUCGCAGACAGAACUGAUGUCAAUAUUAGAGUAAUUAGACCUCCAAAUUAUGCUGGACCUCUAAUGUUGGGAUUACUUCUGGCUGUUAUUGGUGGACUUGUGUACCUUCGAAGAAGCAAUAUGGAAUUCCUCUUUAAUAAAACUGGGUGGGCUUUUGCAGCUUUGUGUUUUGUACUUGCUAUGACAUCUGGCCAAAUGUGGAACCAUAUAAGAGGGCCACCGUAUGCUCAUAAGAAUCCCCAUACAGGACACGUGAAUUAUAUCCACGGAAGCAGCCAGGCCCAGUUUGUAGCUGAAACCCACAUCGUUCUACUCUUCAAUGGUGGGGUUACCUUAGGUAUGGUGCUUUUAUGUGAAGCUGCUACCUCUGACAUGGAUAUUGGGAAGCGAAGGAUGAUGUGUGUUGCUGGGAUCGGCCUUGUUGUGUUAUUCUUCAGUUGGAUGCUCUCUAUCUUUCGAUCAAAAUACCAUGGUUACCCAUACAGCUUUCUGAUGAGUUAAAGAAGAUUCCAGAGAAAAAUUGACACUGGUACAGAAAUGAAAUGGUUUGCCAGGCUGUGGUAGACGAAGGCUGAGCUUUGUGAGUUUGUGGUCAGCCUGGGCUACAUAGUGAGACCCCAUCUCCAGGAAAAAAGAAAAAAAGGAAGGAAGGAAGAAAACUGACGUGUUUUCAAGCUGAGGCUGUGGCUCAGAGGUAGAGUGCUUGCCUAGCAUGAGUCACACUCUGUUGUGUUCAAUCCCAAUGCCUUAGAAAAAAAGAAAGAUUGCUAGUUUGCAUAUUUUUUUCUUUUGGUGAGGACUGUUCUUGAAACCUGCUCUUUUGCUUUUUAAAACACAUGUUCUGUAAAACAUGGGCUUGUUUUUAAAUAAGUGUUUCUUGAAACCUAGUCUGGCUAUUGUUUUCAUUUCUGGUUUUGUGUGUGUUCCUGUUUUCUAAAAGGAAUGUUUCUUGAAACCUCUCUGUGAGACAGAGCGCUAGCUGAUCUUCCCUCCCUUAUGGAGACCUGCCCGACCUCUGGCUCACAUUCAUCCUCGUGUCUCAGCUUCUCAAGUGCUGGGAUGGCAGGCAUUGCCACCAUUGACUGCAAACUGCUUUUGCUAUCAGUUUAGCUUUUUAUUUACCCCAUAAAUUAGAGAUACAAAGAAUAGCGGCAGACACCUGCCUCUGCUCUUAGCUGUCCUGCUGGCUAAAACAUAGUCCACCAAGUGCAAGAAUUUGAGACAGUCUGGCAUCAUAGUAACACCUCAUCUCAAAAAUAUGUCAAAAAGUAGAACUAUGAAAGGGAUUUUGUUUGAAUUUUAUCUUUUUUUUCUGGUAGUGGAAAUAACCAUAUAUAUUAACCAGUUUUCCAUGAAGAACAUUUAAAUCAUGGUUAUAAUAUGGCUGA